UGUGUAUGUUGUGCUGCUGGGUAGAAGAUCCGCAUGGGAAGCCCUUCAAAAUGCAUCUAGCGAGAAUACCAGACUAUCUGUGGGUUGCUGAAGAUGGAAUGAAGAUGCAGACUUUUGGGAGUCAGAGCUGGGAUGCUAGCCUUUCCCUUCAGGCUCUGCUUGCUAGUAAUCUGGCCGAUGAAAUUGGACCCACACUUGCUAAAGGACAUGACUUCUUAAAGAAAUCUCAGGUGAAAGACAAUCCUUAUGGUGACUUCAAAAGCAUGUACCGUCACAUUUCCAAAGGAGCAUGGACAUUUUCCGAUCAAGAUCAUGGAUGGCAAGUUUCUGAUUGCACCGCAGAGGGUCUAAAGUGUUGUUUGAUGUUCUCGUUGAUGCCCCUUCAACUUGUUGGUGAAAAAAUGGAACCUCAGAGGUUACAAGAUUCUGUCAAUCUUAUACUUUCUAUGCAGCAUAAAAAUGGUGGUUUAGCAGCUUGGGAGCCAGCAAUAGGACAAGACUGGAUGGAAAUGUUUAAUCCAAGCGAAGUAUUUGCGGACAUUGUGAUAGAGCAUCAAUAUGUGGAAUGCACAUCAUCCGCAAUACAGGCUCUGCUUCUGUUUAAGAAGUUGCACAAAGGGCACAAGACAAAAGAGAUUGAAAAUUUCAUCACCAAUGCUGUGCGUUUCAUCCAUGACAUACAAAUGCCUGAGGGUUCAUGGUAUAGAAACUGGGGAAGCUGUUUCACAUAUGCCACAUGGUUUGCCAUCAAAGGACUCACCUGUGCUGGCAAGACUUACAACAAUUGCCCAGCAAUAUGCAAAGCUGUUGAUUUUCUGCUAGCCACUCAGAAAGAGAGUGGUGGGUGGGGGGAGAGUUAUCUUUCAUGCCCAAAACAGGAAUACAUACAUACAGAGGGUAGCAAAACAAACUUAGUACAUACUGCAUGGGCUAUGAUGGGUUUGAUUCAUGCUGGACAAGCAGAAAGAGACCCAAUCCCUAUUGACCGUGCAGCAAAAUUGAUCAUCAAUUCUCAACUUGAAAAUGGUGAUUUUCCACAACAGGAAAUGACUGGAGUUUUCAUGAAGAAUGCUAUGCUGCAUUAUGCCUUGUAUAGAAAUAUUUUUCCCAUCUGGGCCCUUGCUGAAUACCGCAGGCUGCUUAUGUUAUCCAAAGCUUAA